AUGAAUUUUCUCACUUUGCAACAGGGGAAUGAGUUAGAAUCUCAGGAUGACACUCAAUACACAGUUGGUAGAUAUAGAAUACAUCCAACAGGUAAUACAUCACACAAUGUACAUAGUUCAGCAUCAGCUUUAGACCAACCUGGUGAGACUACGCCGUUAAUUCAAGGAAUUAGGCCUACAAUUCCAUUUCCAAAACAUGAUCCAGGUGAUAAGCCAGGUGGUGGAGGCGAAAAUGUUAAUCAUACAACUUUGAGUUUUAUAAAAAAAUUAUUCGGAUAUUAUGCUUCAAUAUUAUCAUCAUCAUCAGAAUUAAAUAACACCGAUAUAUCAAACCUUCCAAAUCAUGACGAAAGACCAUUUGAAAUUAAUUUUUGGUUUUUUCUAUUUUUUUAUUAUGGGUUUUAUAAUGCAAUAGCCUUGUUGAUGAUAACAAAAGUGUUUGAUCUUUACUCACUUAAUUGGUGGCCAAAGAAGUUGGGUGGUGUGUCUGCAUAUACAAUGUUUUGGUUAUUAUCGUUGGCAGGAGGGGUAUUGAUAUACGAGUUUACAGAAUUUGAAAGAUAUAACUUGACUUGGGUAUUGCUUACAUUUUUAACAAUGUGCAUGCCCUUAAUAGUAGCAUUUACAGUGAUAAGAAGACAAAACAGAAACACUUAUAGGAAGUCAUUAACACCAGCACAAAAAACAUUUCUUGAAACUGAACUGCAAUCACGCAUACCUGCAUCUUACAUUAGGUUUUUAUGGUUUAGUGCUAUUUUGUUUAUGAUAAUGAUUGCACUUAUAGCUGGUGAAUCAUAUGCAUUUAUAUUUUUGACAACUAAAAAUCAUACUGGCAUCGAUGCAUUUGUUUAUGUUUAUUCAAACUUAUUUGCCAGGCUUCGGGAUCCUGGACAGUAUAUUAUUAUUCAGGCAGCUAGUUCUUUAUGGGUCUGUAUAUUCUAUCCAUUAUGUAUGACUCAAACAGUUCAUAGAUAUUUGGUUACAUAUGUUGGAUUACAAAAAGAUUAUGAAACAUAUCAGAAACAAUGUGGUCGAUCUUUUUUCAUACGAAAUCUGGCAGAAAAUGCAACAAUGUUAGGAUUUUUGGGAUGGUUAUGCAUAAUUCAUUACGGACCAAAUUACGAGGUGUAUCCAUAUUUUAAAUUUGUUGACGAAAAUAAAGAGCUUGAUAUCUGGUGGACUUUACAGGCUACUUGUAAAAUUUGGGCAUUUGAAUUGAUUAGCGCAAAGGUCACUAGAAUAAUAUACGAAAAAUAUUUUAAAAUUAAUAUUAGACGUGAAGCGGUUGCUGAUUUUAAGAAAUAUCCAGAAAUGGUUGUGGCUAUGCUUGUGAUUAUUAUUCAUGUAUUGCAGGUUAGUAAUUAUUCUUGA